CUGCACUGUGGCGAACUCGCAGUCUCGCUCGCCGCACUACUGCGCUGCGCACGCGCACACGCUGCCUCCCCCUCUCCUCUCACCCUCUCUCGCUUAAAUGCCCCAAACCUAAUCAUUCCCAGCCCUCUCUCUCUCUCUCUCUCUCUCUCGCCCCCUCUUCCCAGCCCCACCCUUCCCUCUCCCCACACGCACCAUGGCGAUCUCCGAGCUCGGGUGAGCUGACGAGGUAGGCGUCCCUGCACCCCUCCGUGUCGGCGCGGGCUCGCGUCCGCCGGGCGGCUCCUGACGCCGCGGCUUGGCUUCUUGUAGAAUGCGGCCGAUUUGAGGAGGGGGUGAUGGGGGUUCCGGGAGGAUUCGCCAGGGUGUAAAUUAGGUUUCGGUUCCGGUGGUGGUGGGAGGAUGAGCUCGUCGUCCGCGGCCAGCAUCGGGCAGCCGCCGCCGCCCGCGGCGCCGCCGGAGGAAGAGAAGAAGUGCCUCAACUCGGAGCUGUGGCAUGCGUGCGCCGGCCCGCUCGUCUGCCUCCCGACCGUCGGCACGCGCGUCAUCUACUUCCCGCAGGGCCACAGCGAGCAGGUGGCAGCGUCGACGAACAAGGAGGUGGACGGCCACAUCCCCAACUACCCCAACCUGCCGCCGCAGCUGAUCUGCCAGCUCCAUGAUGUCACAAUGCAUGCGGAUGUGGAGACUGAUGAGGUGUACGCGCAGAUGACGCUGCAGCCGCUGAACCCACAAGAGCAGAACGAUGCAUACCUCCCGGCGGAGAUGGGGAUCAUGAGCAAGCAGCCAACGAAUUACUUCUGCAAGACGCUGACGGCGAGCGACACCAGCACGCAUGGCGGGUUCUCUGUGCCCCGUCGUGCUGCGGAGCGCGUCUUCCCUCCUCUGGAUUUCACACAGCAGCCUCCAGCACAGGAGCUUAUCGCACGGGAUAUUCAUGAUGUAGAGUGGAAGUUCAGGCAUAUCUUCCGAGGCCAACCCAAGAGACACCUGCUGACUACUGGCUGGAGUGUGUUUGUCAGUGCUAAGAGACUUGUUGCUGGAGAUUCCGUGCUAUUCAUAUGGAAUGAGAAGAACCAGCUUUUGCUUGGAAUCAGACGUGCCAGCCAGCCACAGACUGUGAUGCCCUCUUCUGUUCUUUCGAGUGACAGCAUGCACAUAGGGCUCCUUGCAGCAGCAGCUCAUGCUGCUGCAACAAACAGCCGCUUCACAAUUUUCUAUAAUCCCAGGGCAAGUCCAUCAGAAUUUGUUAUACCCCUUUCAAAAUACAUCAAGGCUGUUUUCCACACCCGGAUAUCGGUUGGGAUGCGAUUCAGGAUGUUGUUUGAGACUGAGGAAUCUAGUGUCCGCAGGUACAUGGGGACGAUAACAGAAGUAAGUGAUGCAGACCCAGUGCGCUGGCCUAGUUCCUAUUGGAGAUCGGUAAAGGUUGGUUGGGAUGAAUCAACAGCAGGAGAAAGGCCACCUAGAGUUUCUCUCUGGGAAAUUGAGCCAUUGACAACCUUUCCAAUGUAUCCAUCCCUGUUCCCACUGCGAGUUAAGCAUCCUUGGUAUUCUGGAGUUGCUGCUCUUCAUGAUGACAGCAAUGCUUUGAUGUGGCUGAGAGGAGUUGCUGGUGAAGGAGGCUUCCAGUCUUUCAACUUCCAGUCACCUGGUAUAGGUUCCUGGGGACAACAGCGACUCCAUCCAUCCUUACUUAGCAAUGACCACGAUCAGUAUCAAGCAGUGGUUGCUGCUGCAGCUGCUUCCCAGUCCGGUGGUUAUCUGAAGCAGCAAUUCCUACACCUUCAACAGCCUAUGCAGUCCCCUCAGGAACAGUGCAACCUCAACCCGCUGCUGCAGCAACAGAUUAUGCAGCAAGCGAGCCAACAGCAACUUGUUAGUCCUGAUUCUCAAAAUAUUCAGUCUGUGCUCAGCCCAAGUGCUAUCCAGCAGCAGCUCCACCAACUCCAGCAAAUGCAGCAUGCUCAUAAUGACCAGAAGCAGAAGAUUCAACCAGAUCAACCUUAUCAAGUUCCUACCAGUGCGGUUCUCCCUAGCCCAACGUCAUUACCAAGCCAUUUGCGUGAAAAAUUUGGCUUCUCUGAUCCCAAUGUGAACUCUUCCAGCUUCAUUAGCUCUAGCAGCAACGAAAACAUGUUGGAAUCGAACUUCCUUCAGGGAAGCUCGAAAUGUGUGGACCUGUCUAGAUUCAACCAACCAACAGUUAGUGAGCAGCAGCAGCAGCAACAGGCGUGGAAGCAAAAGUUUAUGGGCUCACAAUCAAUGUCUUUUGGGGGCUCGGUUUCGCUUAACUCACCCACUAGCAAAGAUGGUUCUGUUGACAACAAAGUUGGCCGUGAUGUGCAGAACCAGUCCCUUUUUAGUCCUCAAGUUGACAAUUCCUCCCUACUGUACAAUAUGGUACCUAAUCUGACUUCAAAUGUUGUGGAUAACAAUAUAUCUACGAUUCCCUCUGGAUCAACAUAUCUGCAAAAUCCGAUGUACGGUUGUCUGGAUGACUCUUCUGGUUUGUUGCAAAAUACAGGAGAGAAUGACCCAACAACCAGAACUUUCGUUAAGGUUUACAAGUCAGGAUCAGUGGGGAGGUCAUUGGACAUCACCCGGUUCUCUAACUAUGCUGAACUUCGAGAGGAACUGGGUCAGAUGUUUGGUAUUAAGGGUCAGUUGGACGACCCUGAUAGAUCAGGCUGGCAGCUUGUAUUUGUCGACAGGGAGAACGAUGUGCUUCUCCUUGGAGACGACCCGUGGGAGUCAUUUGUGAAUAGUGUGUGGUACAUCAAGAUACUUUCACCUGAGGAUGUGCAUAAGAUGGGAAAGCAAGGAAACGAUCCACGCUACCUAUCUUAAAUUGAUACAUGGAGCUGUUUCUGGCUCCCAUGACGAUUCUGCGGCGCAUGGUAGCACUCUUGCUCGUGACAGUCUGCACCGCUGUGCUCGCAUGUUCGCCCAUGUCCUCUCGAGCAUGUACACCAUGCACGUCUUCAGAACUCCCCGUUAUCUGUAUCCGGAGCGGGCCACCGAUACUCCGGACUGAUAUUUUGUAAGUUCCACUUAGGAAUCAAGUAUGAGUAACUCUAUCCUAGUUGGCUUGUAGCUCGCACGGCGCUCGUGUUGCGUCAGAUCUUCGGACUAAAUUCUUAGUUGAAACUGUAUCGUGAUUCGUAAGUUAUGUAUUUGAUGAUUCCUCGGCAUGCGUUCGACGAUGAACUGCAAUAAUUUGAAUGCAGGAGGAUUGUUUUAAAUUUGUAGUGCUUA